AUGUCUCUUUCGUCAAUAAAUCUGAUUGUGCUCCAUGUUCGCUUUGAUGAGAAGGCAGAACCAUCUUCAAGUGGAACUCCAAACGAGUACGAACAUGGUGCAUCGGCGGAUAAAACCCUCUAUCACAAUGCCUUCAUGGAGUAUGUUCACGACGCACUCGAAUAUAAAGCCAAAGUACGACGAAAGUUUCCACCCAGUAUUCAGCUGAAAUUACUCUCUAAAGAAUGUGAUGAUAGUAACGUGUGGAGAGUUCCGUGGGAUACAUCCAAUGACAUUUUGGUACUAAAGUCGCAACUACCACCCUAUAAGACACUAACAAAGCGUAACAUUUUGAGAAUAGUUCAUUCAAAAUUUGAUCCUUUGGGUCUUCUCAUUCCUCUUUUAAUACCUGCUCGUAUUUUCUUACAGAGUUUGUGGUUGAAAAACUACGAAUGGGAUCAACCCCUCGCAGACUCGGAAGUCAAAGUGUGGAAUGAGAUAGCAAGAAAUACAGAAGAAUUCGAGAAGACCAUUCCGCGCAAACUGGGGAUAUUACGGGAACACGGCGUGUACGAGAUUUGCACUUUUGCGGACGCAUCCACAAAUGCAUACGCGGCAUGUACUUAUAUCAGGCACCAUUCUGUGUGCGAAAUACGUCUAGCUCCCGUAAGCCAACUAACCAGUACGAAGACCGGCACCAUACCGAAAUUAGAACUCCUUGCGCUUUCAAUCGCGUCACAACUAACCGACUUUGUUCGUAAAGAGCUCAAUCUUCCGAUCAGCUCAAUACGAAUAUUUUCGGACAGCAAAAUUGCUCUACAUCAGGUCCAUUCUGGGAAAAAUGCAGGCACAUUUAUUAAUAAUCGGGUGAAGAAAAUUCGUUCUUUGAGUACAUCAUGGAAUAACGCAAAUAUCGAUACUUCAUUUUACUACGUAAAUAGUACUGAAAACCCCGCCGAUUGCGCAACCCGAGGGGUAGAUAAGACGAACUUCCAAAAUCAUUUUUGGUGGCACGGUCCCAAGUUUCUACUAGAGAACGAAAACACAUGGACGCAAACCGAAAAAUUCAAAAUGAAAUAUAACGACGCGGAAGUGACCGUACAGCUUUGCAUUGAAAACGCACACGAAUACUCGCAAAUUUUCCGCUUUUCACUAUCUGACUUCAGUAAAUUGAAACGCUCUGCGGCUACCGUUCUCAAAUUCAUCAGAAAAGUCGGAAAUCACCGUUACUGCAAAACCUCGCAAGUGAAGCAAGGCUCACUAGGCAAGGAAAUAUGCGAAAUCUCCGACUCUAAGGAAAUAAACGCUAAAGAUUUAACCAUAGCAGAAAGAGCACUUCUUCGCGAUCAUUACUUGGGGAUCUCGGAAAAACAGCGCAAAAUGUUCGGACAUCUAAAAUUAAUAUCAGACAACGGAAUCUACCGUUGUCAGGGUCGGCUAGCAAAUUCACAUUUAGGCUUCGACGCAAUGAACCCUAUUCUUCUCGUACCGAAUCAUGCUUUAACAAAAAUAAUAGUAAUGCACGUACAUAAGAAGAGUGGCCACCAGGGAGUAGCUGGAACCCUCGCCGAACUGCAAACAAAGUACUGGCUGCCUAAAGGACGACAGUUCGUGAAAAAAGUCAUAAGAGAGUGCGUAACGUGUAUAAAAGUUCAAGGAGCACCUUAUCAAUAUCCCCCAGCACCAGCUUUACCGUCAGAAAGGAGGGAACUGCUCCCAAUAGAAGAUGUUCAUACCUUGGAGCAAGACGGUUCUAAGGAGGAGAACGAGGGAUGGAUUCUGAAUGUUCCGCAGUUCCACUGCAACGCGGAAUGCCGUGAUAAGCUAGAUGCACCGGGUCUAGACAAAGCAGGCUGUCUCAACAAGGAUAUCUUGUCGCCGAGUGAUGAGCAACGAUUUAGGCUUGGCAUGUGCCUCAGGGAGAAAAAUGGGCUGAAAGAGUUGACUUCCACCAAAAUAUUCGGCAAUGACCAUCGUUUCACAUGCAGACCGUCAAAGGACCGUAUGGCAUGGUAUCGAGGGAGGCAGUCCCUCACUUUCAACGGCAAGCAAUGCAUACGAUGGGAUGAAGCGCCAGUGAAAUUUCCUUUGAAGAGUUUCUCCAGCUUUUCGUCGCCAUCUGUUGACUACACCACACUGAAGGUGUUUGCGACAUCGUUGUCACAGCAUGAAAACCACUGUAGGAAUCCGGACAAUCACCGAUUUGGACCAUGGUGUUUCUAUCAGGAGGGGAAUAAGACUGAACGAGCCCCAUGUUUCCACACAUGUGUGACUGACAUAAAGAAGCUCUGUUUGGCGAAAGCUUUCUUCCCCUACUACCAGGCACCAUAUCUGCUUGACAGCGGUCCCGUUGCACCAGUGGAUCCCCACAUUCUGCGGAAUAUCAAGGACGAAGACCUCAAAAGAAAGAAUGCCCGUUACGAUCUGAUGGAUGUGCUAGACGUUCCUGAUGUGAUUGAUUCUGUAGGGCAAGCAACACCCCUCUAUUCAAUAGCUCUUACAACAAGGCAUCUCACUCAAGCCCGACUGGUCGGAAAUGCUAUUGUCACCCGGAAGAAGUGCCAUCAAACAGGACUUCGCACUUUGAUUGCUGGACCAUGGACUCCGAUCAAAGACAGUUCGCUGACAUUCCCCGAAGACAGUGCCGACGAUAUACAUAAGUACGGCAGCCAGUACAGGGACUUUCAACGUAUACAGUUUCUGGCUGGACGCCAAGGUGUGGACAAGCCGUGGAAGCCAUGCUGGCCAAAUCAAUCUUCUGACAGUCCCACUAAACGCCUGUUUUAUUUUGGUCACAAAGUGACAACACGUGAACAACGAUUAUGUUUGAAAUGGACGGAGGCUAUGUCAGCCUUGUUCGAGCGUAACGCUGAAUAUAUACAAAAGAUUCUUGCUGAGAAAGGAAAGGGAAAGAAGAAAAAAUCAGAACCUUCUCCUGGUUUGCUAGUGCAGUUGUUCUAUUAUGAAGAGCUUACAAAAAGACGUACAUUCAAUGGCAAGCCUGGCCUGAAUCUGUUCGUCGAUGGUGGUGGACGUUUGCUGCACAGCCCUAUUUGCUUAGAUUUGGCACGGCUAAUAGAGCAGGGUAAAAACAGCGCUCCAAAAAAUCUAGGAAUGUAUCAGCAGUUGCUUGAAGAUGCCUACAAUAUGAUGUACAAAGAAGGUCCAGGUUGUUUCACGUGGACUGAUGACAGAAAGGUGUAUGUGAAAUACGUUCCAUGUUUCAAUCCAUGCCCCUGCGGUACGCCUUCCAUACGAGCACCAUUCAAACCGUAUAGAGACAUGUGCAAGAAUGAGAAAACCGGCGAGUACGAGCCAUGUAUCGCAAAACGUGAAUCCAGAGUGAUACAUAUUCGUGAACAUGAUGAAAAAUUGGUUCGGUUGCCGGAAACGGAUCUCAGCCAACUCUAUACUCCAUUGAUAAUCACCGUUGCUGCAGGAAUCGUCUGUAAGUUCACUUCUACUCCACGUUCCACGCUAUUCACCUUCACCUGA